AUGUCUCAUUCUUCUCAGACUGUUUUGCAUUUGAGGAGGCUAGAUCUGACAGGAUGUAGGGAUCUGAAAGAACUUCCAGAUCUUGAGAAAGCAGUGCGUCUUGAGGAGUUAAUACUUGAAGGUUGUAUUUCCUUGAAGCUGAUUCCAAAGUCUAUAUGGUGCAUAUCUACACUGAAGAAGCUUGAUGUGUCCAACUGUGAUGGGCUAAAUCUAAGGCUCAUAAUAAGGGAAUCUGAAUCUUUUGUCUUUCAAAGUAGCAGCUCCGAAUUGUGCAUGCGCGUUAGAUUAAUCCGCAUGCAUGUACUUGAUGCAGAACCAUAUGAACUCCGGGGAGUUUCCAUUCCAAAUCUAUCAAUCAGUGGCGAGAUAAAAAUCAGGUUGAAGCAUCUUGAAGGAUACGCAGAGCAUCUUUGUUCUAUUUCUGAGCAAAAGUUACCCCAUGAACUAAUGACGUUGGAAAAUGAAACACCUAAGCUCAUGUCACCUCCCUACUGUUUUAAAUCACUCGACAUCAUGCGGUUUAACUGCAGUGGUGAUGAUCAGAGCAACGAUCCAUUCAAGUGUUACAGUUUUUCAGAUUUUCCCUGGUUGACGGAGUUAAAUCUAAUCAACCUAAACAUUCAAGAAAUUCCAGAUGACAUUCACCAUUUACUGGUUCUAGAGAAACUAGACCUUAGUGGGAAUGGCUUCAAAGUGUUACCAACGACAAUGAUUCUUCUUACCAAUUUGAAACAUUUGACGCUUUGUACCUGCCGUCGACUCGAGUCAUUGCCAGACCUAUAUCAUCAAUUGGAGACACUGACUCUUUCUGAUUGCACAAAUCUCCAAGCGUUGGUGAACCUUUCUGAUGCACAACAAGAUGAGAGAAAAUACUGUUUGGUAGAGCUUUGGCUUGACAACUGCAAGAAUGUUCAAUCCUUGUCUGAUCAACUUACUAGGUUUGAAAACCUAACAUAUUUGGAUAUCAGCAGACACGAAUUUGAAACAGUUCCUACAAGUAUUAAGGAUCUCUCCUCGUUGGUAACUCUCUGCCUCAAUCACUGCAAGAAACUCACAUCACUAAAAGAAGUAGUACUUCCAUUGAGCCUCAAGUAUCUAUAUGCGCAUGGCUGUACCGAUAUGUUCUUGCUUCCAGGAAAUGAAGAUGCCGAGUCAAGUGACAUUGAGUCCCUUAUCAAUACUGUUACAGCGUCUAAAGCCAUUGUUGUUCCCUUUGGCUUGCUUAAUCGUCAUCGUUCUUGUUUGUAA